AUGAUCACAAUGGUUCUUACAAGCCAGAACGCGUGUGAUAUUUUGGAACUUCCUGUAGGUGCAGAUAUAAAUUUAGUUAUAACAAAAUACAGACAGCUGGCCCUUAAGUGGCAUCCUGAAAAGCACAAGUAUUCUGCAGAGUCUGUCAAGAAAUUCAAGCAAGUGAACCUUGCAUAUAAGAGGUUGACGUCGUCUGAAUUUCACCAAGAUUUAAACAUGAAUGACUGUUUACAACUUUUUCACCAAGUUCUUUUCAAUACAGCAGCAACCAAUGGCACAAAAUACUAUCCAGACUCUAGUGAAAGUAGUGAUGAAGAUGAUGAUGAUGACAGCGAAGAUUCAGAAGAGGAACAACUUAAUAAAAAAAUUUUUCCUAGAAAAGAGUCCAGUUCAUCUACUAAAAAAUCCGAUAAUAGUCCCAAGAAUUUAACAGAGGAGGAAAAGGAACGGAAGAGAGUAGAAAAACGAAGAGCAAAAAAAAGGAGACAAAGGGAGAGAAAGCGAUUAGAAAAAGAACAGAAAACAAAUGGAACCAGUAAAGUCAACUUAGACAAAAGCGAGUCAUCUGAUAAUCAGGAGACUAUCUCAAGGCAAGAUACCUCAUUGGAUGAUGACACACAGUUUGAUCCAACAUCGGCUUUCUUCACCAAAGUUGUCAGUAAAAAGAAAAAGAGCGGACUAGGGGAAGAUCAGACAAGAAAAAGGGAAAAAACUGGAGACAAGAAGAGUGAUGAUGAGGCUGACGAAAAUAUAGAUGUAAAAGUACUUCGAAGUCGACAGUUAGCAGUUAGGGGAAAUGAGAUGGCACAAGUUGGGCAAUACAAAUCUGCAAUACAGCUGUUUACUGAGGCCAUUAGUUUAGACCCAACAGAUUUUAGAUUUUUUGGAAAUAGAUCUUAUUGUUAUGAUAGAAUAGAACAGUAUGAAAAAGCAUUGAGGGAUGCAGAAAAGGCAAUAACAUUGGAUAAAGAUUGGCCUAAAGGAUAUUUUAGAAAAGGCAGAGCUUUAGCAGGUUUAAAGAUGUAUGCUGAUUCAGAAAAGGCCUUUUUGCAAGUGUUAAAAUUAGAUAAAAAUUGUGAUGAUGCUGUAAAUGAACUUUUUCAUGUGAGGACUCGUCAGUUAAUGGAUAUGGGCUUCUCAUCUUCGCAGUCAGAAGCAGCUAUAAAGAAACAUGGGUCUGUGCAAGCAGCUAUGGACUCACUUCUAGCUAGUGUCUCUGACAGUACUUUCAGUAAUCUACAUAUAUCUGACGAGGAAGAAAAUAACUUUCAUUUGCACAGGCCUAUUUUAGUGCCUCCACAUCUUACACAUGCUGCUGAUACUAAAAUGGAAUAUGGUCAGGUGACCAGUGUACGCCCUUUACCUGAAAAAUAUUGUGCUUUUGUGAACUUUAAAACCAAAGAAGGUGCUGGCAGGGCUAUGCAUCAUUUGCAGGGAGCAGAAGUUGAUGGCCAGAAACUGCUUAUAAAAUUUCCAGAUAAUCCAAUUUCAAAUGGUGCUGGCAGUAGUGUCACAAUAAGAAAAAAUAUUACCAAUGGUGCCACAAAACAAGGAUUACAGCCAAAACAAACAGGCCCUGUGAAUGGAGUUGAAUGUCACUUUUGGAGGACUACAGGCUGUGCAUUUGGUAGCGAUUGUAAAAAUAAACAUUAUCCUAAAAGUAAAGGUAUUGACAGAAAACCAUGGCAAAAAGUACAGCAACUUUGA